AUGAAAGACAUCUUCUCUACGGCCCACCUUGUCAUUGCUUGGAUUGGGCUGGAGGAAGGCAACGUUGACCUGCUCUUCGACUACCUGCGAGGGCUGAAACACACAUCCAGGCGCGAGAGAAAUCACUACCUGCGCUCCCAGAAGCGCAAGUUCGCCUUCAAGGACGCAAGGUGGCUGGUCACGCGAUCGUACUGGUCCAGGAUCUGGAUCGUGCAGGAGUUCACGCUGGCGAGGGAGUUGUGCGUGCUGUGCGGGCCGUCCGCCAUCUCCUGGGCGGCCCUGCAGCAGUUCCGUCCCUUUGGGAUAUCGCAGCAGACGAACCUGGGGUUCAAGCACCUGUCGAAGCAGGAGAACCACCAUAGCAUCAAGAAGCACGUCGAGAACUGCAGGGAGCUGUCGAAGUUGCGAAGGUCCUGGCAGACCGACCCGAAACGCCUCUCCUUUACCGACACGCUCGGGGCGCGGCCGCGCCUCACCAGGCUGCUGGUCUUCUCGAAGGACUACCAUUGCACAGACCCUAGGGAUCGGGUCUAUGGGCUCCUCGGCCUGACGGAGACUGAGGGCGAGGACCGAAUCCCUGCCGACUACGACAUCACACCUUUCCAGCUUUACCACCGCGUCAUGUUUCACCUCCAGCAACAGGGCCAGACGUCCCAGUCCCAGCUCUUCCGCGCAAGACUUGCUCAGGGACUCCAGAUCUGCGACCACGACGAUCUUCCGGCAUCCGAUUUCAUCUACGAAGCGGUGGCCGGCCGUUGUGCAUUUCCUUCAGAUCAGGACCCGGCAACCUGGAACAGGUUUGAGGAUGCUCUUGCGGUGGCCCUGCAAAUCACCAAGAAGAGAAAGUAA